UGCUCUGCCACAACCUGAAAAGAACAGUUUUACCUUUUUAGACUUAAAGCUCGUGCAGCAGUGUGUUAGAUAAUUUUGUUUUCAGACAUGUCCUGAUGAAGUGUUUCUUUUGGAGUAUUUUAUGGGAAUAAAAUCUCAUCUGUUGGAUUUACAGCGCAAGUUUUUGGAUCUGUAUACAUACAGUGUUUAUUUGCUUCUGUGAACGCGAUCAUUGUUUGGUUUGAUCUAAUCAGAAAACUACAGGUUAAACUGGAGCAACAGAUUGACGGACCGCGACACUGAAAACAGAAACGCGGAUCCUGGGGCUGAAAUCUGGUGGAGCAGCCUAUACAUUUAUAAAAGAUAAAGUUUUUGCAGCUGUGUGAAAAGAACGGAACUGGAAUGUAAACCUGAAACCGUUGAACAUUGACAUGAUUGAUCGAUUCCGUUUUUUGACCGGUGUCUCUAUUCCGGUUUAAAGAGCGCGUCCUCGCGUCAAUGAUGCUUUAACCGGACUGACUGAAGUAGCCUAUAUCCAGUCAUGUGUUCACUAAAAGCUCUUCGGGACUGGUGUCGAGAUGUUUGUGAAGGUUACUCUGAUGUUCAGUUCACAGAUAUGAGCUCCUCAUUCACAGAUGGACUGGCUUUCUGUGCGAUCAUCCACAAACACAGACCCGAGCUACUUGAUUUUCACUCUCUGUCCAAACACAACGUCUACAAGAACAUGCGUCUGGCUUUUGAUGUUGCGGAGCGUGAGCUUGGAAUUCCUGCUCUGCUGGAUCCGGAUGAGCUGUUGUGUGAGGAAGAGCCGGAUCUUCUGUCCAUCGUCACUUAUGUCUCACAGCUCUACUGUGUCUUCAAUGGAAAAUCUCAUGACAGUCUGAAGAAUUGUGUGGAGGCUGAACCCAGCAGUACCAGAACACAAGAACAGACACACACUCCGGUAUAUGCCCGUCUGUCUCCCAGAAAGAGGGCGGGGCCUCAGGAACCUCCUAGCCCCACCCCCAGAUCACAAGAUCAUCGCCCUGAGAAUGACAGUCUGAAGAAUUGUGUGGAGGCUGAACCCAGCAGUACCAGAACACAAGAACAGACACACACUCCGGUAUAUGCCCGUUUGUCUCCCAGAAAGAGGGCGGAGCCUCAGGAACCUCCUAGCCCCACCCCCAGAUCACAGGACCAUCGCCCUGACAAUGACAGUCUGAAGAACUGUGUGGAGGCUGAACCCAGCAGUACCAGAACACAAGAACAGACACACGCUCCGUUCACAUCAGAUAUGAUCAGAUCUUCAGAUAAAAGAGUCUGUAGUGUCUGUCACAAACGUGUUCAUCUCAUUGAGAGGGUUUUGGUGAAGGGACGCCUGUAUCACCGUGCCUGCUUCAGAUGCAGUCGCUGCCAUCGCGCUCUGCUGCCGAUCUCUUUCACAGUUGACAGUGAGACUGGUUUACUGCAGUGCAGUUAUCACUGCAAAGCUGCUCCUGAACACAACCGGCCUGCAGAUACUGCUGAGACAGAUGGAGACAGAAGUGAGACAGACAGAUACAGAAGUGAGACAGACGGAGACAGAAGUGAAAUGGAAAGAGACAGUGUGAAUGAUGAACGUCUCUCCACCUCAUCAGACAUAGACAUCCAAGAACCUCCCAAACCCACUCCCAGAAAGAGGGUGGAGCCUCAGGAACCUCCUAGCCCCACCCCAAGAUCACAGGACCAUCGCCCUGACAAUGUGCCGUCUCAGAGCGCUGUGCGUAAGGAUCAUCCCUGGAUGAAGCUGGUUGAUCCGGGUCCCUGGUAUCGCCUUCCUCCAGCUCCGGCUCCUUCCACUCAUUCCCACCGCUGCCCCAUGACCUUUAACCCCUUCCUGGAGGAUGAUGGGGAUGAGUCCAAGGAUGAAGAGCUGAACCGUUUCAGUUGCAAAACAUCAGUUGCACACAAACCACAGACCUCAUGUUCAGCUCCCAGCAUGCACCAGGCUGCCCACGGUUUCCCUCUCAUCAAGAGGAAGGUGAUCACAGACACACACGUGUCAGAGAAGGAGGUGUGUAAGGAGCAGAAGGAGCUGGAGGAGAGUCUGCUGAGGCUGGAGAAGAGAGGAGUGCAGCUGGAGAGAGAGAUGAGGACAAGAACAGAUGAUAACCUUUUGGUUGAUUGGUUUAUUCUGAUUCAUAAGAAGAACAUGUUAGUGCGCAGAGAUGCUGAGCUGAUGUAUAUGUUGAGACAGCGCCGUCUGGAGCAGCAGCAGGCUGAUGUAGAGUUUGAGCUCAGGUGCCUCUUCAACAAACCAGAGCAAGACUGGAGCUCAGAUGACAGACAGCAGGAACAUCAGCUAAUGUCACGCCUACUGUCAAUCAUCCAGCAGAGGAAUGAUAUCAUCAGCUGCCUGGAUCUGGACAGACAGAGGGAAAAGGAGGAGGACAUGAUGCUGUCUGCUGUGAUCCAGAGAACUGAUCUCCUGACACAGACGGACAAACAGCUGGAAAAAUUCAACAAGAAGUUUAAAGGCCUUCAGAUGUUCAAGGCAUCUGGCUGUAAAUCUAAAAACAGUAGCAGAAAGAAAAGCAGCUGAAGGAGAGAAAGAGACUGUAGAUUAGGGGUCUUAAAUUUACAUCCUGGAGGAACACUGUCCUGCAGAGUUUGACUUCAUUUAAUAAGUAGAUGCUUGUUAAAUAAUGCAAAGCAGCAUUUCCCAGUGGGACAGUACCACUUGAGGCAAAAUUUUUAAAAGGGGGACGUUUAAGGUGAUUCAUGCUGAAACUUGGUCUAAAAUAUUGGUCUGAAAAUAUGGUCUAAAACAUUCUAAAACUGUGUUGACACCAGAGAAGUCUGUCAAAGUGAACAAUCUGGAUCCUUUUGUCUUGUCGCAGCACAAGUUUCUUGAAUAUGUCAGAAAUACAAACCCGAUUCCAAAAAAGUUGGGACACUAUACAAAUUGUGAAUAAAAAAGAAUGCAAUAAUUUACAAAUCUCAUAAACUUAUAUUUUAAUCACAAUAGAAGAUAGAUAACAUAUCAA